AAUUCUAUGCCAAGUAAUCAAUUUGAGGUUAUGCAGACCAAACUGACUUCCUCACACCCUUUUGUUUCAAGCUCCGGAAGUUUAAAUAAUUUACAUGCAGAAAAUGACAAUCCUGGCUUAGUUAAUAAGCGAGGGAUAGUGUCUUCUUCCAUGGUUAUCUCAGAAACUUUCUUUGUUCCUUAUGUUGUUGUGUAUGGCUUCUCUAGUGGAGAAAUAGAAAUGGUACGGUUUGAUUUGUUGGAGGGCCUGGCUUCUCUUGGUGGAAGUCCACGUCAUGAGGCGAAGUCAUAUAUGUCCAGACAGCUCUUUUUGGGGCACACAGGUGCUGUGCUCUGCUCGGCAGCACACAGGAUGGUAGGUGUUGCCAAAGGAUGGAGUUUCAAUCAGGUUUUGGUGUCUGGAAGCAUGGAUUGCACAGUUCGCAUAUGGGAUCUUGACACUGGGAAUCUUAUCACAGUAAUGCACCAGUAUGCAUGUGGGCCCAGUUCGCCAAAUAAUUCUUCCCCCAGCUCGUACUUACGGUCCUUGGAGCGACUGUUUUCUCUCAGUUGGGGAGGACUCAUGUGUAGCACUUGCUUCUCUCGAGACUUUGCGAGCAGAGAGAAUUUUUCCUGGACAUCCCAGCUAUCCUGCAAAAGUUGUAUGGGACAGUGGAAGAGGUUAUAUUGCAUGCUUGUGCCGAAACCAUUCAGGAACAUCUGAUACCGUUGAUAUCUUGUACAUAUGGGAUGUAAAGACAGGUGCUCGAGAGCGGGUCCUUCGAGGGACGGCAUCUCAUUCAAUGUUUGACCAUUUCUGUCAAGGCAUCAGCAUGAAUUCCAUUUCUGGCAGUGCAUUGAAUGGAAAUACCUCGGUUUCUUCAUUACUUCUUCCAGUAAUUGAAGAUGGGGCUUCUACGCACUCUCAUUUCAAUAGUUCGGACAAAUUGGCCACUUCACCAAAUGUGGUGCCUGGUAAUACUGCUGAGUCCAACACUUCCAGAGUCAGUAAAGGUGAUUCUGAAAAAUUAUUUUCAGCCCCUCAAAUGGCCAUUCAGAGCCGCAAGCAUCCAAUCACAUGCUCUUGCCCUUUCCCUGGAAUUGCUGCUCUCAGUUUUGACCUUGCAUCAUUAGUGUUUCCUUAUCAGAAGGAUGACCUUAUACCAAAUAGCCGUGGUAAGAAAGAGGAUAAUGGUGGCAAGGGACAGGGAUUUGAGACACCAAGUCCCCAGCACAAGCCUGUAGAUAAUGGUUCUGGUGUGCAUUCGACCUCAAAUGAUACUGUUCAAGAGAUUGAAUGGAUUACAACACUUGAAGAAUGUUUACUUCGAUUUAGCUUGGGAUUCUUGCACUUGUGGAAUGUAGAUUCUGAGCUUGAUAACUUGCUUAUAACUGAUCCAAAUUUGAAGAGACCAGAUAAUUUUUUUCUCGCUUCUGGUUUUCAAGGUGACAAAGGGUCUUUGACGUUGACAUUUCCUAAUUUGAAUGCUAUUCUUGAGCUCUGGAGAAUGUCAUCGGAGUUUUGUGCAAUCAGGUCACUGAGAAUGGUCUCUUGCCCAACGCAUGAUUAGCUUGUCGCAUGCCAGUUCAAAUGCCAGCAGUGCUUUAGCAGCAUUUUAUACUAGGAACUUUGCAGAGAAAAUUCCAGAUAUAAAGCCGCCUUUACUUCAGCUUUUGGUGAGUUUUUGGCAAGACGAAAGUGAACAUGUACGUAUGGCUGCACGCUCUUUAUUCCACUGUGCUGCUUCUCGAGCAAUUUCGCUUCCCCUAUGAAGUCAAAAAGCUAAUGGCCACUUGAAUCUGAGCUCUAUAAGUGGUCCUGGAGAGACUGAACAUGUAAAUUCAAACAUAGAAGAAGCAUCUACCAACUUAUUGUCUUUUAAGUCUGAAGAAUCGAAUAUACAUGCAUGGCUGGAAUCAUUUGAAAUGCAAGACUGGAUUUCUUGUGUUGGGGGGACAAGCCAAGAUGCGAUGACAUCUCAUAUUAUUGUUGCAGCAGCAUUGGCUAUCUGGUACCCUAGUCUUGUAAAGCCAUGUCUUGCCAUGCUAGUAGUUCAUCCAUUGAUGAAGCUGGUUAUGGCCAUGAAUGAGAAAUAUAGUUCAACUGCAGCAGAGCUCCUUGCUGAAGGUAUGGAGAGUACAUGGAAAGAAUGCAUCAGUUCUGAAAUACCUCGUCUGAUUGGGGAUAUAUUUUUCCAGAUAGAGUGUGUAAGUGGCCCAUCUGCCUAUUCAUCUGCACAAAAUUUGGCUGUUUCAAUUGGCCUUCCAGACACAUUGGUCGUUGUGGUUCUUCUUCCAAGUUUAGCUAUGGCUGAUGUACCAGGGUUUUAAGCUGUUAUGGAAAGCCAAAUCUGGUCUACUGCAUCUGAUUCACCUGUUCAUUUAGUAUCUCUAAUGACUCUGAUGAGGGUUGUGCGUGGUUCUCCAAGACACCUGGCUCAAUACCUAGAUAAGGUUAUUGACUUCAUAUUACUAA